CUCGGAGUGGCUGCUGGAGCCUCGCCUGCUCGCCACAGCUGCUCCAAGGGUCCGGCCCGCAGGGGAGGAGGAGGAGAAGGAGGAGGAGGAAGAGGAAGAUCAGGCAGGGACGACAGCUUGAAUAUUGCUGGGAGCAAUGCCGUCUGCCUGGGGUGAGGUGCGUGCGGGAAUCCUGCUGCUCUCGGCGCUCAGCCUGCUCAGCGCCGGGCUGGUGGCGGCUGCCCAGGACUCCGGGAAUGCCAUUCCUGCCGAAAGCCGUCCCUGUGUUGACUGCCACGCGUUCGAGUUCAUGCAGAGGGCGUUGCAGGAUCUAAAGAAGACGGCGUAUAACCUGGACACGAGGACAGAAACCCUCCUCCUGAGAGCAGAAAAGAGAGGCCUGUGCGAUUGCUUUCGUGCAAUACACUGAAAUGAGCACUGGGAUUUGACCAAUGGACAUUUAUUCAUUUUUAAAAUGCUGUUCAGUAAAUUACAGGAAGAUACAGAAUGCAAGUUGUGCCCCACCAUAAGGAAAAGCAUUUUUAUAGAAACAGGUAUAGCUCAGUUCGAUUAUGUUUGCUUUGUUGUGGUUUAUCAUUACUCUGUGUGAUAUUGCAUCUGCUGAUAUGUCAAGAGAAGAAACAGUGCCAAAGUCUUGCUUAAGGGUUUUACACAAGGAUGGCAUCCUGCUUUUUUGGUAUUUCAAGCCAAAAAUUGUCCUUAGACUCUAUUAUGUGGAUUAUGUGAAUUGCCAUAGAUCUGUGAAAGUCAGUGAAGUCAAAAUUUUUAAUGUAUUUGUAGAAGACUAACAUGAUAAGGAAGCUACUUUGCCAUGAUGCAUAGAUAAACAUUUACAAACAAGAAGACUUGGCAUUAUAUAGAAAUUAAUAGUUAUCACAGACUGCUUGGCAGUCCGAGGAAGAGAUUUGUUCCCCAAUUGUAUCAAUAGUCCAGCGCACAGCAAACACAGUAAUCUGUUUCACAAUUACAAUUUCUUCAGAGCCACACAGUAGCUGUGAUCUUUUUGGAGAGAUUUAUUAAGUAUCUAAUGUGAUCAGUAACAUUUGUAAUCACAUGAAUACUGCCUGGCAGUUGAACUGAUUGCAUCUGCCAAAAUCUUCUGGAGAAGUGUCUUUCAUUAAGCAAAUCACAUGCUGGGUUGAACCACUCAAACUGGCCUCUACAGAGAGUUUUGGCAGAGAGCCCACACAAUGCCUGCCUGCCCAGGAGUCUCUUGUAAACUGAAUUUUGGGAAAUACUUAAAUUCUACCAAAAUGGUCCUUAGCUCUUGCAUGGACUCUGCACUCAGGGUGGGUUAUUCGUAUUCCUGCUGCAGUGUGAGACAACAGAGAACAAAACAAUUUGAGCAGUGUAAUAGUAAUAGACAACAAGAUUGUGCCUUGUUACUCUUUGUAAGAGAAUAGCAAAUCCUUUCUCAUUGUUUGCAUUUUUUAUUUUGGGAAGGAAAACAGAAAACGGCCCUGUUCGUGGAAGUGGAAAGUUCCUGUUGAUAAUAAUAGAUUUUUCAUCUGGCUUAAAACAUCAUCCCCAAAGUAGAGAUUUGUGUAUCAGCUCAAGCAUUGCUGUACAAGCUAGAAACUUUUAUGCAAACUGGAAUAUUGGAGCAGGAUCAACAAAAAAAAAGUGAUUUUCAAAGUAAUUUUACUAAUUCUUAUCAGUAUGUCUGUCUUUCCAUAAGUGGCUGGUAUUUUUUGAUAUUUUGCUCUCAGCCUGCUCAGUGAAUUAGAACAGAAGCUAUCUGUAUGUUUCCAAACUGCUUCUCUCCCAUUUUGUCUACAACAUCAAACACAGGAAAAUAGGGAACUUUGACCCACUGCCAACUUACUAUUUCAUGUGCAGUCAUACUCAGUAACACAAAGGAGUGUGUUACCAUAUAUUUUGCCAAAGUUGUUUGAAAGGUGUGUGGUUCUCGGCAAGGAAAACUUCCUUGCACCUGCAUUUCAAAUAAGAAUUCUGCUUUGUCCUUUGUAGUAUUCCAGCAAACCCCUUUAGAGGUCCUUGGGACCUGUUUUGUGUGCAAGACAAGCAGCAUGACACAGCAACAGCUCCCUUCUGGUAGCAUCACUCUGCACUGUGGCACCGACCACUAGAGCAGUGGAGUUUUUCCUCAUAGACCACAUUUUAUUGGACAAAGAAAACAGUAGGAUUAACACAGCUUCCUUGCAAAAUGCCAGCCUUUGGCUUCUUUACUCCCACUUAUAUUUGGACCAAAGUCAUGCACAGCUUUUGAGCCAGCUCUUUGCAGGAGAUGGAGUCCCAGCACUGAAGCUGUGAAUUUUCCAGCACAGCUCCCCUUUCCAGGGGGCAGCAUGUCUAUGGUUUGCUAUUGCUAUUGUGUAUGCUUGUUCUGCUGGUAGCCUAAAGAAUCUUGCAAAGUCCUGUUACAAGAACUGGGGUUUUUUGUUCAUGUUUUCAUUUAGAAAAAUGGUUGCUCAGAGUUUUGAUAUAUGCAGCUUGUUACGAUAGAGAGGUGGAAUGAAUGACAAGUGGAUGUUGUUUGACUCCCAAAGGGAUCAGAUGACACUGCAACUUUAUGGUUGUAUGAGUGAUUAUUCUGUACUUUGUCUAUAAUACAACACAAUAAAAGGGCAAGAUGCAUUAUAGUA